GCAGUGUUCAUAGCGAACGUUUCGAGUUUCCGUUGAUAGCUAAAUUGCUAAACAUUGCGACUUAUUAUUUUGUUUGUGCUAGAUAAAGCACACUUGGCAAUGCAGGAGAAAAGAGAACACCAGAAGUCUUUGUUUUACAGAAUUUUUUUACCACUGCUUUACUAAUUCCGUGGAUUAUUUUGAAAUAUAUUAUUGUUGUUAUUUUUCAAGAAGGCAAAUGCAAUCUCAAUUAAACUAACGUCAAUAAUUAAAUCAUAAUUUUGAUAAUUACUUUUGAAAUACGUUUUUGUAAGGAAAUUUAUUUGAAUUUUGCUCUGAUGCCAUGGAUGAUUGUUACAAGUUGAAACGAAAUUCGGUUACAAAACGGAACUCGUCCGAUCUGGAAGCAAUGAAUGAUGUAGACAGAGAGAAUCGUACUACAGCAACCACCUGUCCAGAGUUCGGCUUCAACAGCCAGAGGACAGCAAUGGCAAAUCCCAAGCACAACGACCCACGUCCAGCACCGAUGGACACGACCGUUGUCGCGGUGGAAGGACCGCCACCUCGUGAUCUUUGGAACGGGAAAAUUGAGUUCGUGCUCUCGUGCGUCGGACAGUGUGUCGGUCUAGGAAACGUGACGCGGUUUCCGUAUUUGUGCUAUAAAAAUGGAGGUGGAGCAUUUCUCAUACCCUAUCUGAUGACCAUGAUACUGGCGGGGAUACCGAUGUACUUCAUGGAGCUUGUCCUGGGGCAGUGGUUGAGCGUUGGAGGACUUGGCGUCUGGAAGAUUGCACCGGCAUUCAAAGGUGUCGGAUAUGCCGCUGCAGUAAUGGCGUUCUGGUUGAACAUAUUCUACAUCGUCAUCCUCGCCUGGGGCCUGUACUAUAUGUUCUCCUCGUUCCGUAGCACCCUACCGUAUGCCACGUGCGGCAACUGGUGGAACACCCCUCAAUGCCUUUCCAACUACGAUAAAGAACAUAUCCCUUUAAGAUGUUAUAACGGCACAUUCAAUUUUGUGGUCAGCAAGAGCGACUUCGGCAACGUCUCGCAGCUGUACGGUAACACGACUGAGUUCACCUGCAAGCAGUACUAUGACCCGACCAUAUACACGUCUCCGGUCAGGGAAUACUGGGAGCGGCACGUGUUACAAAUAUCCUCGGGUAUUGAUGAGCCGGGCAACAUAAGGUGGCAGUUGUCCCUGUGUCUGCUCCUCGUCUGGAUUAUAUGCUACUUUUGCAUCUGGAAGGGAAUCAAGUGGACAGGAAAGGUGGUUUAUGUGACUGCCCUAUUCCCCUAUGUCCUGAUGUCAAUCCUGCUUGUGCGUUGCGUGACCUUGCCGGGCGCAUAUGAGGGUAUAAAAUUCUACUUGGUACCGAAUUUCGAGAAGAUCGGUCACUCUAGUGUGUGGAUCGACGCGGUCACUCAGAUAUUCUUCUCCUACGGUCUCGGCCUUGGAAGCCUUAUCGCUCUUGGAAGCUACAACAAGUACAACAAUAAUGUCUGCAAGGACGCUGUUCUUAUUUCGGUACUUAACAGCUCAACGAGCUUUUUCGCCGGCUUUGUCAUCUUCUCGGCUAUUGGUUUCAUGGCGCGAGAGCAACAGCUGCCGGUCAGCGAGGUCGCCGCAUCUGGCCCCGGUCUGACGUUCCUGGCGUACCCCAGCGCCAUGGUGCAGCUCCCCAUAUCUCCGCUCUGGUCCGUGCUAUUUUUCCUGAUGCUCCUCAUGCUGGGAUUGGACAGCCAGUUUGUAACAAUGGAGGGCUUCUUCACGGCGUUGAUCGACGAGUUCCCCGCGUUGUUUUCUCGCAGACGAGAGCUAUUCAUCGGUAUCGUUUGCUUUUGCUCCUAUCUCAUAGGACUUUCCUGCGUCACCGAGGGUGGAAUGUACAUGUAUCAGUUGUUUGAUUUCUACGCAGCCAGCGGCCUAUGUCUUCUAGUGCUGAUUUUCUUCGAGUGCAUCGCCGUCUCAUGGUCUUACGGCGUGAAUCGGUUCUAUGAAAAUCUCCAUUCGAUGUUCGGGUUUUACCCGAGUCGAUUUUGGAAAUUCGCUUGGGUGAUUGGAACGCCGGGGCUAACUAUGGGCGUCUUUCUGUUCUACGUGGUGAAGUUCGAGCCCGUGACCUACUUGGAAUACCGCUUCCCAACCUGGGCCCACGUUAUUGGUGUCAUGAUGGCACUGUCGUCUGUGGGGCUCAUACCCAUAUACAUGAUCUACAUCUUCUUGAAGACCCCAGGGACCCUCAGAGAACGAUGCAAGGCGAUCUUUAGACCGGAUAUUAAGCUGCCUGGUGGAGGCCCUGAUCCACCGCCGCCGUACUCGGAAGUAUCCAUGCACGUGCAGAGAGACGCCGAGGUGCAGCUUUAGGUUGGGACCAGGGGCCGCAAGUUACCACGGACCGCCAGUGGCAGCAAUGGACAGCAAUACACCAUUGAAUUCACUUCUGGGGCGAUUUACGACAGUGUGGUCUGUUCAGUCACUGGUUCUGUGUUCAUGGGCAAUACGAAAUAGAUAUAUGCACACGCCAUGGUUAUUGUAUAGUUGUAUAUAUAGUUACAAGAGUCCCGUUUAAACAUGUAUUCUUAACUCUUUUUGUAGUUGCUGCAAUGAUUGAGCUUCUUCGACAUUAAGCUUCUUGUGAACAUUUUAUUUUCGUUUUGUGUGGCAGUUUGAGUAAAAUUUUGAACAUUCAGCGAAAAUCUGUGAUUCAUUUUUUAGAGAUUAUGAUUUUAAUUUAACAUGACAUGUUCUAAAAACAGCUUGUAUACAUGUAAUUAUUUCAAGAUAUAUUUGUUUGUCUUAGUCUUGAGAUCGUAUGUUUUACCUCCAUGUUUGUAUCUGUGUUUUGUAAAAUCAUGCUAACCCGCAUUGUUUUAAUGACUGCAUGAUUUACUAUGUAUACAUAGUCAUUAUUACAUAUUUUGAAGAUAAGCGUACUAUAACAUCAUAUCAUCGCAAUUAUGGCAUCAACGAUUCAAUCCAAUUUUCUUCUUCAUGAAGAUAUUUCAGUACACGUGCUAUGUUUUGAUGACUGACUUACUUCAUUCAUGUAAAUAUUGUAACUUUUUGACUAAUAAUUUAAGGCACGUAACUAUUUAUUUCGUGUUUCUAUCGAAAUAGCAUGAUAUGUAUGAUACCCAUAAGUAUUUCGUUGUCAUAAUUGAUCUCCAUCUUCUAUGGUCAAGUUUUCACAAAGUUAUGCGUCAAUAUAAAAAUAGUGGACAUAUAGUAAACAAAUAUGCGAAAAUUUGCCAUAUGUCCUCUUAAUCUAUAUUUAGAUGAUACUAUUUGCAAACCUUCUAUCAAUAAUAAUUAUUGGUCGCCUUACAUAAGCAGUCACCUUUCAUAGGAGGCGAAUUCGAACAAUUUCAUUGACUGGCUGUUAACACAAACGAGUCUUUUUCAUGAAUUGGAAUGCUUUAGUCGUGUUGAAUUAUGUACGAUACAAAUUAAACACACUGAUAUAUUUGACACAAUAUUUAUUUAUAAUGUUUACAUAUUUUUAAGCGAAUAGAUAAUACCAGUCAUAUCAGAACUGUAUAUAAAAAUCGCAUGAAUUUGAUAUGGACAAAUAUCUACUCAUUUUAUUAAAUAAAAAUCAACGUUGAAUUAUCGACUCUGCGAGUUGUAAUCACAAAUAAGCGAGAAAACAAACAUCAGAAGAAGCAACAGUUAUCUGUGCAGAAGCAACAGCAACAACAACAGCAAGUGUAAGCCUUAACAUUAUGUUGUUUCCAAUACAGUUAUAAAUUGACCAAUUGUUGUAGAUAAUAAUUUUAAUGUAUGAUAAAUAAACAAACAUAUACCACAUAUGUCUUUGUCAAUUUUACAUGAAAUUAAAGGAUGCUUACAUAAUUGA